AUGCUCCCCACCCGCGUCAUGUCAGCAGCAGUCAGCUCAUCCCUGCGACCAUGGAGGUUUGCGCCGCUUCGGCCUGAUGCAAGUAAUGAAGGCAACAAGGCCACUUUGAAGGGUGUUGUGUUUGAUGUCGACGGGACAUUAUGUCUACCGCAAAACUAUAUGUUCCAAGAGAUGCGCUCCGCGCUCGGGAUUGAUAAGUCCGUUGAUAUCAUUGGGCAUAUCCGCAGCCUGCCAACGCAAGAAGAUCGCACCGCAGCUAUCACAAGAAUUAGAAACAUCGAACGGGAAGCUAUGGUCAAGCAAGUUCCUCAGCCUGGUCUUCUAGAAUUGAUGGAUUAUCUGCAGUCAAAGGCAUUGAAGCGGGCGUUAUGUACCCGGAAUUUCGAAACACCCGUAAACCACCUUCUAGCAACGCACCUCCCAACACAUGAGUUUCUCCCAAUCAUAACCCGCGAUACUCCAGACAUCCUCCCAAAGCCAGAUCCGGCAGGGAUUUUACAUAUAGCCAAAGAAUGGGGCACUAAACCAGAAGAUUUGAUCAUGGUCGGUGACAGCCUUGACGACAUGACAGCAGGCCACCUAGCAGGCGCUGCCACGAUCCUGUUACUAAAUGAUCACAAUCGAGCCUUGAAGGAGCAUGAACAUACGCAUAUAUGGGUUAAGCGCCUAGACGACAUAAUUUCCAUCUUGGAGGAUGGCGUCGCGGAUCCUGCAGAGAAUCCCAAAGAUGAUGAUGAUGAGUGGGUCAAUGAACAGUGA